AUGACAAGUCAUCAAUUGCUACAAGAUUCCGUUGGAUUAACGCUAGUUAGUGGAAACGACCGUAUAGAUCGUACAGCUAUUAUUAACACAAUUAGUAAAAUUGUACCGGUUAAUCAGAUUGAAUCCUUCGGUAACUUAGGUGAUGCCAAGAAAUGGUUUAUCUUAUUUAAAACAAAUUCAUCAAAAGAAAAAAUGCUACAACUCGAACAUUUAAAAGUUAGGGAUCAAAUAUUUUCUGUCCACAAACCUCACAGACAAGUAAAAUUGAUCCGACUUCUUAAUAUUCCAUCAUCUAUCUCAAAUGACGUUAUUCGUGAUGUUGUAUCAAAAUGGAAGGGCACGAUUGUCAGUGUAGAAUGUGAGUGUCUUCCACGACCUUUUUCAUCAAUUAAAACAUUCGUUCGACGAAUACGUAUGAAAUUUGAGUCACCAAAUGACGAACAGAAUAUUCCGAUAUCCUUUAAAUUGUUUGGUAUUACCAUUCCCGUAUUAUUGGAGGGUAGAAUUAAGGUGUGUUAUCGUUGUAAAUCAUCAGGCCAUAUUAAAUCUGAAUACACGGCUUUAAAAUGUCGUGUAUGCAUGGAAAUUGGGCAUGAUGAUUCAGAUUGUACAAGGAAGCGAUCUUACGCAAAUAUUGCAGGAACUUUCUCAAGACAAGCUUCAACACCAACAACUGAUAAUCAAACAAUAAAAAAAACUCCAUCAUCAGGUAUCGUACAUCAUUCAACACCAAUAUCAAGUGAUGAACUUCCAUCAACACCUACCGUUGUUUGUAUACGUGAUGCUGAUGACUUUGAAAGUCCGCAACUAUCAGCAACACAAGAAUGUAUUGCAGCUGUGGCUGCUUUACCUCCAGGUGAUCAAGAAGAACAACCAGAUGUUGAACAACAACCCGCUGUUCAUCAAGAACUAGAUGUACAACAACAACCAAAUAUACAACAACAGCCAGAUACACAACAACAAACAGAUAUACAACAACAAGCAGAUACGCAACAACAAUCAGUUACACAACAACCAGAAGUACAACAACAACCAGGCGUUCAACAACAAUCAGAAGGUCAGCAAGAACUGGAUGAUGAACGGCAAAUUAUGUUAGACCAAGACAAUAUUCAUCCGAAUGAUAAAGCAUCUAAUAUGAUCAAUCAAGCUCCGAGCAUUAAUUUUAUAGAAGCAUAUCAAAUGUAUAAGGAUGGUCAAAAUGUGUUAAAACGACCCCGGCAUGAUGAGAAUAAUAUAACAAUAAAUGAGUCAAAAAAGCAACAUCUUCAUAUCUCUCUUCCAAUGGAAGAGAAUGAGGAAGAAGAAGGUGAAAUAUAA